CGAAUACUUCGUAAUCCUUUUUAACUCAGUUUGACUGCACAGCAAAUAACAAUACCCGUCCCCAGGGGCCGCGAGGCUUGGUGCUGCUUGAUUGUGGAGAGGUGACAGGGGACUCACUCCUCCACUGCCCCGUGAACAAGUAUCAUCGCAGAGUUCCCCGGGACCCCCGUUUCCCUUUGAAUGUUACUAUUACCCGCAAGUUCCAUUGGCCACUGCCGCGCUGCCGAGCCGAGCGCACCUCUCUAUCGGGUCGACAUGUCAUGAGUCUCUCCAUCUGCGAUUUGGCCAUCAUUUAUUAUUGGGUGCUCCAGCCGCUCUUUUGCGACCAUUACCGGAAACAUUAUUACCACUCAUCCUCCACUGCUCACAAUCUUUCCCAUCGUUGAAUUGCAUUAUCAUAUCUUUGCUAUCCCAUACCAUUAAGGCUGUUGUAACCCAACGUCAAAGGGAGGUCGAUCGAUCAUACGUUGGUUAGUCUCUUGGAGCUACUAGCUAGUCCCUUUCCCGUCAACCAUUUGCUGCACGGCGUCUGCGGCCUAAGACGGAAAUCUGCAUAUUGCCGUCUCCACGAGAGCCAAUCCAAUUACGCGCACAACCAGACCUAUCAUAUACAUACCUACCUAGCUAUCUAUCUUAUUCCUAUAGGUACCGUGGACAAGGCCGCGGUGCUUUUGCGAAUUUUCUUUUCCACCUAGAACGAUGGUUUCCACAGAUUCCCGCACCGACUCCCCGACAAACUAUGACAUAGUCAUCGUUGGAGCUGGCCCGGUUGGGCUGAUGCUCUCAACCUGUCUUGCUCGAUGGGGUUACAAGAUCAAGCAUAUCGACAACCGCAGUGAGCCGACCGUCACCGGCCGUGCAGAUGGAAUUCAGCCGCGCUCCCUGGACUUGCUCCGUAACAUGGGGCUCAAGUCCGGAAUCAUGAAGCACAAGCCCGCUCGCGUCUACGAGGUGGCUUUUUGGGACCCUUCAACUACAGACUCCUCCAAGGGCAUCACCAGGACCGGCACAUGGGCCAGCUGCCCCAGUUUCAUUGAUGCCAGGUACCCCUUCACCACUCUUUUGCACCAGGGUUUCAUCGAGCGCGUUUUCCUUUCAGACCUCGAGGAGAAUGGUGUGCAGGUACAAAGGCCAUGGACCAUUACUGGAUUCACGUCCGACGAGAAAAAGAACCCGGAUUACCCUGUCGAGGUGCAGUUGAAGCACCUUGAUGGGACCGCCAGUGAGACGAUCAGGGCCAAAUAUCUCUUUGGCGGCGAAGGUGCUCGUUCCUUUAUCCGAGAACAACUUGGAAUCGGCAUUAAGCACAAGGACCCAAUCUCGCACGUCUGGGGUGUCAUGGACGGCGUAGUCCAGACAGACUUUCCCGACAUCAAGAUGAAAUGCACAAUCCACUCCCGCCACGGUUCGAUCAUGGUGAUCCCACGUGAGAACAACUUGGUGCGGCUGUAUAUCCAGAUCGCCUCCUCGACUGAUCCGGAUUUCAACCCGCGCAAGACUGCCACCGAGCAGGAAGUCCAGGCCUCGGCCAAGAAAAUCCUCCAGCCCUACUCGAUAGAAUGGGAAAGAGUAGAAUGGUACUCUGUCUACCCCAUCGGCCAGGGUAUCGCUGACCGCUACACUCUUGAUCACCGUGUCUUCUUGGGAGGAGACUCAUGCCACACCCACAGCCCCAAAGCCGGUCAGGGUAUGAACACUGCCUUCCUAGAUGGCCAAAAUCUUGCAUGGAAGAUCCACGCGGUUGAGAGCGGAUUUGCCAAGAGGAGUUUGCUUGAGACCUAUGAGUCGGAGAGGAAGGCUGUAGCCGAGACCUUGCUUGAUUUCGACAACAAGUACGCAAAGCUCUUUUCCACCCGUCCGCCCGAUGCCAGCGAAGUCAAAGCAGCCUCGGAGGACCAUGGAAAACAGGAAGGCCACGACAACGACUUUGUACGAACCUUCAAGGAGUCUUGCGAGUUUACCAGCGGCUACGGUGUGGCCUAUCAGCCAAACCAGUUGAAUUGGUCUCCCAGUCACCCCGCCCAGUCCAGCGCCAUCAACCCCGAGGGCAACAAGCUGCGGCCUGGACGUCUCUUCAUAAACGCAGACGUGACGAGAGUCGUGGAUGCAAACGUGGUCCACUUGGAGCAGGAGAUUCCACUCAAUGGUUCAUUCCGCAUUUUCAUUUUUGCCGGCAAGCCUUCGGUGACCAAGCAAGCCCUUGGCGACUUUGCGCGCAACCUCCGCCUGAAGGGAUCCUUUUUCAGCUCAUACCUCCGCUCCGACAUCGACAAGGUGUCGUACCACGAGAGGCACAACCCCCAUAGCAAGUUCUUCACCUUCUGCACAACGUUUGCCGCCCCGAGGAGCUCGAUCGAGAUCUCGCGCGACGUGCCUGACGUCCUGGCACGCUACAGCGACCACAUCUAUGCCGACGACAGGAUCCACCGUGAGGGCAGGGGAGCUGGUCCUAUCAUGUCUGCGCACAAGAAGAUGGGCCUGGACGAGGAGCGUGGCGGUGUGGUUGUGGUACGUCCCGAUGGCUACGUGGGAGUGGCGACAAAGCUCGUCGAGGGCAGUGGCACUGUUGAUGCCCUCAAUCAGUACUUUGCAGCAUUUUGCACUCAAAACACUGGCGGUGUUACGGCACAGUUGUAAAGUUAUUUUACAUAUAGUUUUGUAAUGGCGUGUGCUUUGUAGGGUUAAGGAUGAAAGUAAAAGACAUGUAGUUUGACGUGUAUAGGGGGUCGGGUUGGUCGGAUUUCCGCAUCACUUUGUUGUGCAUAUCGCAAGCAGGCAGUUUUUUCUUUCUUUUUUUUUCUUCUCAUAGCUUGAAUAGAUUAUCUUGAAAGGGA